CGGAUUUACCAAGAGCUGAGGAGAGCAGGAGAGAAGGGGAAGUUUGCUACAGAAAGGCUGCGUUUACUUCAUGUGAACAAAAUCGCGAUUUUUCUCUAAAUAUUGGGCUCCCCAAUGGACGAUAUCCAAUCAUGGUGGGAAGUCCCGUGCAUAGCCCAUUUCUGUUCCCUUUUUCGAGCAGCUUUCAACUUACUCGACUUUGACAUUGAGGAAAUUGAGGAAGCUUUACUCACUGAUGGCGCUGAAGACAACGGCAGCUCCCUGCUGCAGGAGCUCAUUGUCCGCCUCCUCUGUGGCUGUGUCCCAAAUGGAAAUGAAAUCACAGUAUCCAAUUACCAAAUGUAUCUUCGACGUCUUUUCAGAAAGAAGUGCAAGGAGUUUGGAAUCACAAAUCCAUUCAAUUCGGACACAGACUUCCAAUUCCUACCAUUGAGGAGAAAGGUAGAAAUACUAUCAUGCCUUUGCGACUUUCGCCUUGAGGGGGAAGACGUUCAAGAUCUGCUGAAGAACUUGGAGGCAGAUAGCUUAAGAGUGGAGCCAUUGGGACAAGAUGCUAGGGGAUCUGCCUACUGGUAUUUUUAUGGCACAAGGCUUUAUAAAGAAACGUUGCCGCUGAAAAGUAGCAAAAAGAAAAAACAGCCAAAGAGCAAAGGCAGACACAGCAGUACUGUGAACAUCAACCCUGACGCUGUCUGGCAAGUAAUUUGCUUCACGGCAGAAGACUGGGAAAAUUUGGCAGACAGCUUAAAAGAUUCUGAUGAUCCUGCUGAGAAAGCCCUACAUUCAACCUUGGAACUGGAUUUUCUUCCAGAAAUCCCACGUUUGUUUGCAGAGAAAGAGAAACUGCAUAUGAAACGUGUAAAGGAAUUUCAACCUAGGCGAACAAGCAGUCGAAUCAACAAGUUGAACAAGCAAAAAGAGGUAGACACGAAACAGGAGGUACCUGUGUCUGAGAGAAAGCAGCCAAAGCAAGAGAAGGCUGCUUCUGCCAGUGCUAAAAGUAAGGGCAGGGCAGCUGACAAAAUUUACACAAGUUCUGAAGAUGAGGAAGACGAAGACGAAGAAAAAGACAAGCUAGUUAAGAAGUUUGUUGAGGAGGACUCAGUCGACUCUAUUGUGAAGCAAGAGUUCGCAAACGAAUCAGAAAAGGAUGAUGGGGAGCCUGUGGAGGAUGAGAGCAAGUCCAAAAAAAGCAGAAAGAACCGUAAGCGGGCUUAUGAAACAUAUGAAACUGAUGAAGAAGAGGAAGCAGAUUUGGAAUCUCCAAAGUUGUCAAAAAAGCUCAGAAGUAAGCAUGACGAUGGAAAGAAGGACAAAAAACACAAGAAUAGUUCUCACAAGAGCCACAAAAAGAAGCUUAAAGUGUCCAGUGGGGUAGAAAGUGCUGACGAACACAAAAAACGUAGCAAGAAAGGCCACUCAAAGGGGUCUAGUGAGAACGAGAGUGUAGAUGAGCACAAGAAAAAGAAGAGAGGCCCAAAGUGCAAGUCGUCGCACGUGGGCAGCAGACAUGGUGUUAAGAGCAAGUACGAUGAGGUCACCAGUGAUCAGUCUGACGAGGAGGAAGUUGUGACUAAGCGGACAACACGAAAAUCUAGUCCAAGCUCUUCUAAAAAGGGAACGUCCGCGUCCGCAGCGCCCGUCGGCAGACAGACAAAUAACUCUCUAGCCUGUGCAACAGGACCAAUUUUCAUUGAAGAGGCUGCUCCUAAAAAGAAGAAGUUACGCAGCUCCGAAGUAUUUGCUCAAUCUGAAGAAGAUUUGCAAACAGGGAUGUACAAGAUUUUAGAGAGGUUAAAGACUCAUCCAGAAGCAUGGCCUUUCCAAGAUGCUGUUGAAGAAGACUAUGCUCCGAAUUAUUACACAAUAGUACGACAUCCCAUGGAUUUGCAGAGGAUGGAGGACAAACUUGACUCUGGCAGAUAUCUCACUUUUGACGAUUUCAAGGCUGAUUUCAAAUUGAUGAUAGCUAACUGUAAAAAAUACAACGGUAGUGAGAAUGAAUACUCUGAAAUGGCAGACAUACUAGAAGCUGCGUUUGAGCGGGCCUCAUGUCGGUAUUUGGAAAAUGAUUUUUCCACUGACGAAGAAGUUGCAAUCGAAUUUAGUAAGAAAAACGCUGAAGCCAACAAACACGAGCAUUCAAAAUCGAAGAGAAAGCUGUCAAAAUCUUCAUCAGUGAAAAGUCCUGAACCUGUAAGAAAAAUAUUUUUCAAAAAGGCUUUUCAAAUUAAAUUUAUAUCAUUUCAGCCUGAGGAAGAAGAAAGGCAUUCUACAAAACACAGGAAGACCAAGAAAAAGGAAAAAAAUGGUGGCAAGAAGAGUCACAGGAAACAUCAUCACAGAAAAUCAUUAGACCGAGAGCGGGAUGACAGUGCAGAGAAAGAUGACAACGAAGAGGCAGAGACUGAUGGUGGAGAGGGUUCAAGCAAAUUUCUUGCACCGCCCGUUGGGCCCUAUGGAAAGCGUCGAGCAGGACCACCCCAGCCACCCAAGGUGGAAACCAAACCGAAGAAAAGUGAAAAGAGAAAGCGAGGUGACUCUGGUGACGACGACGACGAUGACGAGACCUUCAAUGCUAGCGAAAUGGACCGCGAGAACAAGAGUCUCAAGAAGGAAGUCACAAAAUCAAAACCUGUAAACAAAAAGCGAAAGAGCGCACCCAAAAGCGAUGCAGCUAUUGAAGCUUUAGAAAUUGCCACGGAGCAAACUCUGAAGGAUAUUAAUAAGUGGUUGGAUGACACGCCGCGGAUGUCUGAGUUCAGCUCUGCCAGCAACUCGCCUGCUCAUUACAUUGGUUCAGAGGAGUACACUGGAGCGUCAGCAGCCAUCGAGCGCGAGUACCGACGUAGCCUGCGCAUGGACAGUGAGGCCAUGCGACUAAAGAAGCGGCGUCGAGAAAUGCUGGGUGGCAAGGACAAGCGCAAAAGAGACCUGCAGCGUACCAUCGACCGUUUGCAACCCGGCAAGAGCAAGGGCAACCUGAUCGCGAGCAUUCUUAAAGCCAAGGAUGAGCACGCUGAUUCCAGUGUGGUGCCGUCCAUCAAGCCGUUGAAGGAGAGGGUGGCGGCUGCGACAUCCAGCAAAGACGAUGCUGCCCACACCCUCAACCUUGGCUCAGUUCUCACCAACAUUGGAUUUGGAAGUCAUACUUUCAAGGACGAGGCUCCAGAGGAUAAUGAGUCCGAUGAUGAGUGCUUUGAAGAGAAAGUUGAUGAAUCUGAAAAGCAAGAGGAAGCGGCGGAUAGCAAAGAGGACGUGAAAGAGGCUAAAGAAGUUGAUGAAGAGGAACCAACCAAGGUGGACUGCAACAAAGCCACCCCAAAUCUCAGUGCCUGGUUUAAAGCGUUCGGAGCGCCGAAGGCUGCACCUGCGAAGAAAAAGGAGGACUCAACCUUGAGCAAAGCUUCAGAGCCUAAAGUGACGGCUGCUGUGGUGCCCCCGAAGAGCCCCACUCCUCCCGAAGUGGUUGUCCCUCCUACGCAGCGCCAGCGUAACCUGAGCACGGGCAGCAGCAGUAUCUCUGAUAUGUCAUCGCCAUUCAGCCAGGACCCUGAGAUGUCGCCGCGCGACUCGCAGAAGGUUGGCAGCCACUUGUCGCCGCCGAUGGCAUCGCCCACAUCGCCACGCACUCCGUUCAGCAGCCAGGUGCCGGCAAACUACCCCUACAACGGCGGCAUCAAGGUGGGCUUCUACCAGGAGCACAAGACUAGCCCUGAGAAGAGCCCCCGUGACGAGCCGUCGCCCAUGGUGCCGUCGCCUGUGCAAGUAGUAAAGCCGCCGCAGGUCACGCCACCCUACUCGCUGCCUAGCAGGCACUACAAUGAGCCGCAGAUGGCUCACUACACCCAGCCGCAACAGCUGCACCAGCCCUUACCGCCGGUGGUGCUGGAAAAACCACCGCAGGUGUCGCCGCCCGCACCGCCCGUAAUGCAGCAGCCGAGCUUCAAUCAGAGCAGCAUGCUGUACGACAUGUCCAAGCCGUUGACCGAUCAGUACCAGGCCGUGAGCCAGAAGCCCGCGGCGGUGGUACCACCCACGCAGUUACAGCAGCCACCACCGGCCGCGCACUCCAACUCAGCCCCGCUGAUCCCCGACUAUUCCAAGUUUGCGGACUACUCCAAACUCAACUACCCGCAGCCGUCACCAAUGGCGCAAGCUUACAAGGCGCAGGUGUUGCUUCCGCCGCAGGCCGAUCCCAAGGUGCUUCAACAGUACCCGGUUAAGAAACGCAUGGUCUACGCAGCGCCUGAGGAGGAGCGCUUCCCGAUGGAGCUCUACCAGCAGAACCACCAACGGCUUGUGCAGCCUUCGAUGCCCACCUACUUUGACCCAGCACCGCCGCAGGUCUACCCGCCUUACGACCUCUCAGCUAGUAUGCCCAAGGAACCACCGCAGCAGCCGGUGAAGCCAAAACGCGGCCGCAAAAAGGCUGAAAAACCGCCGCCGGAAAAAGAGCCAGCUGCCACCUUUUCCAACUUUCCGCUGGGGGGCUUGAAGCCUCCGCCAGGCGUCGUUCCUGGCAGCGCCUUCAACUUCGGGCCACCGCCUGGCCUGCAUCUAUAUUCGCAGGACUUCAACUACCGCAACUUCAAGCUCAAGUCUCCGCCACCGCAGGCGGCCACGGCGGCCAGUGCGGUGAGCGGCCAGCCGGGAUCGUAUCCCGUGCCAACAUCGGACUCAUUCCACCAGGCGGCCUACUAUCACCACCAGUUCACGCAGGCCGCCUCUCUGGGCACGGCCGUGAGCCAGAGUGCGGCCGCCGCGGCCAACACGCAGGCAGCCGCCGUGGCCUCCCGCUCCGGCUACAUGAUGGAGCAGCAUCACAUGUUCCAGCAGUACUUGCCGCGGGCUGACCACCCCUUGCUGCACCAGGGCUUGUAUGUGCCGCCUCCGGCCGCCUACCACCAUCCCCUUGGCAUCAGGCAACCCUUUGAGCAUAUCACCCGACCUAGCUGGUUGUGAUUGGUGGGCGAGCGGUGGAAGGUUUGGUAGCACCAGUGUGCGCUCGCCGCUCGACCGACUCUCUAUGCUUCGGUUUCCACUCAUGCACGCUUAGGAACUGCAUUUUGAAAUCAUGCUCCAGUUUCUCUUGCCGGUUGAUUUCUUUCUGGGACGUAUUACAGCCACUUGAUUUUAUUUUUCUUUUCACGGCAUGGAAUGCCCCAAUCUUUCUGCCUGCAUCUUACUCUAUUUUCGGUAUCUUGUCUUAAAGAAAAUAAAAUAUUAGCACCAGUAGUAGUAUAAUUCUUUUCUUUUGUUUACACUAAAACGAUUUAAAGAGAGCGUUGCUAAUAGAAGACUGCAGUGUGCGAGAUAAUAGCUGUGUUUGCCUUUCUAAUGGUUUGUUGUCGUUUUCCUUGAAACUUAGCUGUGGUGUACACAAUGUAAAUAAAAAUCGUGUUUUGUCGGAAUGCACGGUUCAUCAUUAGUGAGCAUAUUAUAUUACUAUCACUCCUUGUUAUUCUAUGUAUAUUAUAUACUGUCGAAAAUGUAUAAUUGUACAUGAAUUAUUACCGUUAGAACAUUGAUUUGUUAUUUGUUGAGAAUCUAAAAUUCUUGUACCCUUUUGCUGAAAAUCAAAUAAGUUGACAAUGUUUGCUUGCAAGUCGGUAAGAAUAUGCGGAGACGCAUACUUUGUCCUAGGUAGAUGGUUUGGAGCAUUUGUUGGGUCGUUUCUCUCUAUUGCCCAAUCUGUGAUUUUCUAAGCGUAUCACACCGCACCAAUAUUUGAGGAAGUGUAAGGAUCACAUGCUCGUCAUUUUUUGUCCAAGGCAGGUUGUCAGUCUAUUGCCCGGUUUACUAAGUUAGUGUUGGAGUGGUACGAUUUCAGUUACGCUCUCUAUGCCAGUGCGUAUCUGAUUUGCCAUAUGCUACACCAUGGCUAGUUGAUUAGGUUUGAAUCACCAAAGCAUUUGGCCAAAAUUGAAAUGAAAGUAUUUUUCGCAUGAGUUGUUACAGUUUUAAAAUUUACUUUCACCAAAUGCUCUUAUUAAUUUGGUUUUUCAAAUGACUACCUUGCUAAGGGUUUUUUUUAAAUGUCGGUAUGGGCUUAAUUAUUUUUGUUCGAAAUGAAUACAUAAAAAUGCGACAGGAUUGUCUCAUGUAAUGCGACCAAAUAUAGAAGGUGUUUUGAGAGAACAAAUAAUGUGAAAGUUAUAUAGAUCGGAAAUUUGUAUAUUAGUUAUGGGUUAAAAUUCGUUAUUUAAAUAAUUUGUUACUAAGCACUAAGCUAAAAUUAAAAUAUCAGUACCUUGUGUGAAGUUAAAUUAGGAUAAUUAGGUAACUUAAAAGUAUUAGUCUAAUUGUGGAUAGUAACUUUCUUCUUGGAUAGCUAUUUUAUCUUAAUCACCUACUUAGGACAAAGUAUUGCGACUCAGUAAAAACCAUCCUUAAGAAUCUUUGCAAAUUUAUUUACGUUAGCACUGUAAAAUGAUUUCAUAUGAAAAUAUAUAGAUCUCAAAAAUCGUACUUUACAUUUUCACAAGUAUGCAGAUCGCAUUUUGUCCAUCGCAGUCCCAUGAUGUCACGGUUAUUGGUGUAAAAUUUCUUCUGUCGUUUGGCUGAUGUAGCCACUGUCACACGAUGAAUAUUUUAUAAUGUACAUAAAAUGAUAGUGUUAAUCUAUUUUGUUAUAAAAAGCCAGAAAGGACAAAAAAUCAUCAAAUACACUGAUCGUGAAGUUUCUUCUGAUCCAAUCCGACUCAUCCAGAAUCUCUGUGAAUUGUACCGUGGGAUGCCUCCAAUGCUUAAUCACAAUUAUAACCCACUAUUAUGUGUAUGCGCAUCACAAUAAAAGUUAUUGAAUGACAAUUA